GUUGCAAGAAGAAUUUCUUACCAUCUCAACCUAGUAAGUUUUGUUAUGCAAUGCACUUUCGUCUUUAUUUAUAGUAAUAAAUUGUUGUCUUUUGUUUAAACUCGCUCAUUUCUUUUGUAGCUCUACAAUAGAGAAAUUUCUUGCCUUUUGUUUAAACAAAACCGAAAGUGAUGAAGCACCAAUUGAAGUUCACUUGUUUGUUUCACAAAAUCAAUUCCAAGCUACUUCUGUGUUCUAAUUUGUAAUACUUGAUGAAUGGAAGUCUUGACUUGUAUGUACUGAACUUAUUUGUUUGACGUUGUAACCUAUGUACGUGAAACUAUUUUAAUGUAACUGUAUGAAUUUAGAGUAUUGCGUUGUUGACUUUUUUCAUUUAAACUUGACUUUUCUACUGUACAGAUGAUUUUUUAUGACAUGAUAAAGACACCCCCUUGGCCAAUUUUCUGGCUCCGCCACUGCUUGCAAAGUUUGUGUGGCAGCUCGUUUUGUUGGCUUGUUGAGCUCAACUCGUGAGUUAGAAGUUGGUUUGAUAGUAUGACUAGCAAUCCACCUCAACUAGCAGUAGAUGAACGAAUUGGUUAAUAGCUAAUCAAUGACUUGUUCAUAAUUUAUUUGUGAGAACUCAUUUCUUGAAUAAUUUCUUGAAUUAUUGGAUAUUCUCGGAUAUUUCGAAAAGGUUGGUUAGGAUUGGAAAGGUGGGUCAAAAGCAGCUAGGGACAUGGGAGGCGAGAAGAAGACCACGAGUUAACUUCACCACAUGACGGUUUUUACGCUCAACUAAUCCAUUUUGCUGAGAUACACCGGGACACGAUUUUUUACUUAAAAUUUCCAUAGACCGAUAUACCUCAUGGAGAGGAAUGGAGCUAAACUCGCCACCUGGGUCAGGACGAAUGAUCUUGACAGUACGAUCAAAUUGAGUUUGAAUCAUUUUUAAAAACUCAAUUGCCACAACACGAAGAUCAGAUUUAAGACGAAGGAAAUAAACCCAAGUAAAACAAGUAGCAUGAUCAAUGAAAAGAGCACAAUAUUUAUAUCCAUGAUGAGAAAUAGUGGGCGAAGGACCCCCAAUGAUCAGUAUGGAUAAUAGGAAAAGGCUUAGUAAUGAUCGUGAUGCUCGAGGGAAAAGAAGAACUAGUUGAUUUGGCCUCAACACAACUGGGACAUAAAUGUUUGGCAGAAAUCCCAACAUUGUUUUAACCAAGCAAAGACUGCUGAAACAUCGUUACAAGACGUUCUGAAGGAGGGUGACCCACACGAGAGUGCCAAAGACUCCAAUUAUUUUCUGACUGACCCGGAAAGGUGAGAAACAAAGAGGUACCAUGACCAGCAUAUGACAAAGACUGACUCGGACUACUGACAGGUGAACUAUGACUACUGAUGACCAAUGACGAAGGAUGAUGGUGCAGUUCUUCCAUAUGAAAAAUCCUUCCAAGUUUACUCCCCCUUCUGAUCUGCCUCCCCGUCUUCAGAUCAUGUACAAAACAUCCAGAGGGUGCGAACAAAACAGAACACCCUUGCUCAGUAAGCUGGCCCACAGACACUAAAUUAGGCACAAGAUCAGGAACAUGAAGAGUGUCCGGUAAAGCUAGACGACCACUCGACAUAGACCCAAUUCUCUCAACCCUCAAUUGUUCACCAUUUGCAACUUUCAAUGCCAUAUUUUUAACCGAAGUGGCAUUCUUAAGAUGACUCACAUCAUGCGUCAUAUGGUUAAAACAUGCUGAAUCUAAUAACCAGGGAGAACGUUUACCAGAAAUAUGAAGGGUGGCAAAGGCAACAUUGAUGGCGUUGGGAAGAGAUUUUUGUAAUGCCGCAUUAACUAGUUGUUCCACAGCUACCAAAGACAUCCAAGAGUUGCUGCUGGCCUCCGCUGGAGUGGUAGCAAAAGCUGGACGUGAAGACCUCUCACCCCACGUUCUGCCUAAGCUGGACGUGAAGACUGAAGACCUCUCCCUGUCCACCUGCGUGAGCUUCAUUACGCUGACGGAAUCGACAGUCAAGGAUUAUGUGACCCGGGCGUUUGCAAUAAACAAAAUAAUUGCAUUUGCAGCAAUGUUGUUGGUAGUGAUAUUUCUCCCAACAAUGAUGGCAAAUGAUCUCAGUGGGAGGGAUAAUUUGCUGAAAUUCGGGUCGACUAACAACAUAGGAAGAAGAGUUCGAAGCUGGAGCCACAAUGACCGCCUCCCCUUCACCUGGCCGGAGGUCGAGUUGGGCUUGAGUACGAAGCCUUAUUUCUUCUCGAACAAGCUAUCCCAAAAUGCCUUCAAAGCUCAGCUUAGCCUUAUUCAACAACACAGAAUGAACAGCUUCGAACUCAGGACGUAAUCGCAUCAGUAACGGGAGAACACAAGUCUGGACUCUCUCCUUGAGAACAUCUUCAGUGGGAGGAGUGGAACGCAAAAUGGCAGACAACAAAUUUUGUUUCGUCCACAUCUCCUGAGCAAGGUUGAAAUACUCAGUAAUAGAUCGGUCACCCAGCUCCAGACGAGCUAAGGACUCUUGAACUUCAAAUUGAUGGGCAAUACUGGUUGUCAAGUACAAAGAAGCUAGAUGCCUCCACAUUCUGUUCGCCAUGGGAAACAGUCGAAGGCUGAGACAGGCCGACGACUCUACACAUCCAAGAAGCUAGGAUCGGACUCUGGCAUCGUUCUAAUUCCAUGUUGCUAUCUCUUGAGCAGUCGCGGUUGUAGCUGGCGGUCGCACAAUGCCAUCAAGGACUUCUAGAAAGUCGCGUCCCUCGACAAAGACAUAGAUUUGAAAUACCCACAAAGCAUAGUUUGUGGAAUUAAAACGAAUGCCAAGUUUAUCAGAUUCCAUGGCAGGCUCUGAUACCAUGUAAGACAAAUCAGACUAAACGAAGGAAAGUAAACAGACACCAUAUUUACGUGGUAUCAUUGGAAACCCAGGACUAAUCCACGUAAGGGUUUGAACCCUUCGAAACUUCAGAACUAGUUUACUGGAAGUAUGUUCGUGUGUGUGUUACAGCCAAAGUACUCUCCUCACACACUAUAUCAGCCAAGCUUGCUAACCCUAGCUAGGAGACUCACGUAUGCCCUCCUCGCUCUACAUGGGCUACGUGUUACAUGGACCAAUCACCAUCUAUGUACAAUAAAUGGGCUGCUGUACAACGAAAGAAAAGCUUACUAACUACAGCAACAAUCAUCACACGUCCAAUGCUGCUAACCCCUAGCACGUGGCGUUGAUCCUCCUCCCAACAAUAGGUGGGAGGACCUUAUCUGUUUUGCUGCAAACUAGGAGCACCCUCCACCUUUUCUGGCUGAUAAACCCAUGGGUUUGGGUUUGACAAAACCCGCCCCAACCCGACCCAUUGCCAUCCCAAGUUCCAUAGCCUUCCCAAUUCAAGAUCAACCCUACCGCUAUAUCAUAUUCUCGAAUCUCUUUCCACCAUCCCAACCAUUUCCAACACCUAAAUUGCAGUUCCCAUGAAUCACAACCUCCCUUCAGAUAUUUAAAGCUAGGGAAAACCAUAAGAAUCCGGAGAAGCGUUUAAAUCAAACUCACCUAAUUUUUCAGUUUUUCAUUUCCUUGACGGGACAAUAACAAUGUGCCUUUGACUUCUUCUUGCUAACCUUAGGAGACUCACGUAUGCCCUCCUCACUCUGCAUGGGCUACGUGUUACAUGGUCCAAUCACAAUCUAUGGACAAUAAAUGGGUUGUUGUACAACUGUACAAAAGAAAAGCCUACUAACUAUAACAACAAUCAUCACACGUCCAAUGUUGCUAACACCUUGCACGUGGCGUUAAUCCUAGCCGUUGGGAGGACCUUAUCUUUUUUGCUGCAAACUAGGAGCACCCUGCACCCUUCCUACGUGGACGCACCCCAUUCGUUGCCUUUUCUUUUUCAAUUUUUUUUGAACUUUUUGUAUUUAGUGGCUAACGGAACUGUCUUCCUCUGACGACAUAAUUUACCUUCUCUCUCGUCCGUCACAUGACUGCUCUCAGCUCCAAUAUUUUGCCCUCAAUCUUUCAUACUUAAAAAGGUUGCACUUCUACCAAAAUAAAAAGAUUGCACUGCG